UACAUUUCCUUACUCAACAAAGCAUAUCAAAGUAACACUUGGGAAUAUGGCUAUUCUCAAAGUUGCUCUCCUCCUUUUACUUGGAAUAAUUUUGCUUGUGAGCAAUGUCGAACAUACAAAUGCCAAAGCUUGCACUAAACAAUGUGACCCUCGAAUUGCAUUUGGGAUUUGCCCACAUUUACAAACUAAAAGAAUUAAUCAAAUAUGCACCAACUGUUGUGCUGGUAAAAAGGGAUGUAAGUAUUUCAGUGCAGAUGGAACUUUUAUUUGUGAAGGAGAAUCUGAAUAUGUAAGUGAGGUGGAUGAUAAUCUCGAGAAGCAUUGUCCUCGAAAUUGUGACCCUCGAAUUGCAUAUGCAAUUUGCCCACGUUCUGAAAUAAGUAACAAAAUUGAUCUUAAUGGAAUAUGCACUAACUGUUGUGCAGGUAAAAAAGGAUGUCAUUAUUUCAGUGCAGAUGGUACUUUUAUUUGUGAAGGAGAAUCUGAAUUUGUAAGUGAGGUGGAUAAUAAUCUCGGGAAGCCUUGUCCUUGAAAUUGUGACCCUCGAAUCGCAUAUGCGAUUUGUCCACGUUCUGAAAUAAGUAACAAAAUUGAUCUUAGUGAAAUAUGUACUAACUGUUGUGCAGGUAAAAAAGGAUGUUAUUAUUUUAGUGUUGAUGGAACUUUUAUUUGCGAAGGAGAGUCUGAUUAUGUAAGCAAGAUAAAGAAUGAUGUAGGGAAGGCUUGCCCUUUCAAUUGUGAUCCAAGAAUUGCUUAUGGAAUUUGUCCACAUUCUAAAAUAAGUAACAAAAUUGAUCUUAAUGGGAUAUGCACUAACUGUUGUGCAGGUAAAAAGGGAUGUAACUAUUUUAGUGCAAAUGAAACUUUCAUUUGUGAAGGAGAGUCUGAAUAUGUAAGUGAAGGAGAAAAUAAUCUCCAGAAAAGCAAGAUUUUUAUUUCUUAAUCUGCAGGUACUCUAUGUAUGAAAUAAAAGCACAAUGAUGUUAUAUUUCUGUUGUGGACCUUUACCGCAGCUUGUGCUAGGUAAAUAAUAUGUAAUGUAAUAUGGCCGUGGAGCUUUACCACGGCUUGUGCUACUCAAAGUAUGUUUGAUAAUACAUGGAACACUAGUUUGUUCUAUUUUUAAAAUCUUGA